CUGCUUCGUGGGUGUGCUUGAGCGUAGGUGGGGAUGCUCGUCUUUUCCGUCGCGGAAGGUCCCGCCUUCUCACCAUGUUACACCGGAACCCGUUGAUCUCCAUGUGGAAGGUAGGUAGUCAUUUCUAUUGAUAAGCCCGGACAAUCGUGCCGUGGUCGAUUUUUUCUCCCCAAGGCUUCGAUGCCACUCUACCAGUGUAGCAGCCCAUUCGUGCUUAUGCUUCCAGGAGCCGGCCGCAACCCCAUCACUUACUGUAUCCCUGCUCCUACUCGCUUGCGUAUACCUAUGGAAGAUAAUGCGCCGCGAUUCCGCCAGCAGCACCUCUCCCUGGAGAUCUACUAGUGGCGUUGCCUGCACGCAGGCUCGUGGAAUACAGUUCGACCCGAGCGAGGUCUGAUAAGCAAAACGUCAUGGCUCCGCUCACCAAGGCCA